GUGUUCCUUUUUCUGUUUUUUCGCCCCCUUGUUCUAUCCUGUUGAAUUGACUAAUGUCCGAUUACAUUGCUCUUUCAAAGUUAAAUGGAGAUCAGGAACUGAUCGUUUUUGUUACCAUUGUCUACGUGCGAUUGCAGGAAUUCCGGAGGUUCUUCACACUUCUGCCAACGUCGGAGUAUUUGUUGAAUUAUUGGGUGGAUGCGUCUUGCUUCAGAGGUGCAGUAGAUGUAGGGUCCAAUUUUCAGGGGGUGGGAGACAAUGCUGUACUUCUGGGGGCUUAUAAAAGCUCCCCCCUGGAGAAGGGGAGUGCGUUAAGUCACCUGCUGGCUGGUGGACUAGCUGGUGCCUUAUCCAGAACAUUUACUGCACCGCUGGAGACAAUUCGUCUCCAGAUGAUGAUCACCUCAAGUGAGAGCAUGGCAGAAGCCUCCAGGGAAAUUAUUGCCAGCUGUGGUGGAUGGACUGGAUUCUUCAAAGGAAAUCUGACGAACGUUGUGAGAGCGACACCUCAGAAAGCCAUUGAUUUCUUCUCCUUUGAAGCAUACAAGAAAUAUUUGCAUCGGGUGGGCAUUCGGGCCCCUCAGCUCCAGAUGCUUACUGCCGGUGCGAUGGCAGGGGCCACCUCUACAACCAUUCUCUAUCCUCUUGACGUCGUCAGAAGUCGACUGACUGUCCAAAAUUGCGGGCAGUACAAGGGAAUCUUGGAUGCAUUGAUAAAAAUUCCACAACAGGAGGGGUUCUUUGCAUUGUACCGAGGCCUGGGCUCGAGUGUCAUUGCCAUCAUGCCCGAGGCGGCCAUCUGUUAUGGCGCCUUCGACAUCUUGAAACGUGUGUACCAGAACGUCACCAAAAAGGAGGAGGUGGAACUGCUCCCUGCCCUCGCAUGCGGUGCUACGUCGGCAUUUCUUGGGCAGUUAGUGUCCUUUCCUCUGGAGCUCGUGACGCGCCGCAUGCAAACAGGUGCAGAGUACAAAAACCUCGUGCAUGCCUUGACGUCGAUAUCGUCGGGUGGCGUGUGCAAUCUGUACAAGGGCAUCAUCCCCGCCUCGCUCAAAGUGAUACCCAUGGCCAUCGUAAGCUUCGGAACGUACGAGAUGGGGCGGUCGACCCUUGCAAAGAUUGCAGAGAGAGAGAGGAGGAGGAAGAUGGAAAAAGAUGCGCUCGAAGAUGAGCGGAGGCAUCGGUUGGUUCUUGUGAACUUGAAAGCAGACUCGGGGGCAGCGCCACGGAUGCAUGGAAGCUAGUAUAAGGUGAGAUCGGGUAAUGCAAAGGAUAAUUUGGCGACACUACCACGAAAUGCGUUAAGCGCUUAAGACGAAACAGAAACAUAGGUUGGGCUGGUUUCUCGUCGAGACUUUCUCCGUGGCACGAGGAAAGCAGAAAAGCGAACGAACUCGACGACAGCCAUGCAUGAGAUGUUGUUGCCUGAGCAGAUGGGCAAGAAGGGUAAUUCAUCCACAUUUGUGGUCGUCAAAUUGAACAAACCGUGUAUUCUGUA